CUUGCCGCUCUAGGACGCCGCACUCGCUCUCCUUAACACUUGUGGCUCCGCAGGAGGUGGAGAGCCGGGCGGGGGGAGAUCCAGACGUUCUCCGGAUACAGAAACUCGAAAUUAUUUGUAAUCUUUGCAAAGCAAACUUUUCUUUUGCUGGGAAAAAAAGAGUGGAAUAACUUGCUGUGAUCAGUCCUGCAGCACCAGAAAUGCUCCUGUGAAGGAAAAGGCAUCUGGAGACCCAGAAGAGUCCUUGAAGCCAUUUGGAGUUGCUCUGCAGGAGAGAGAAAGGAUGGAGACACAACCUUUGGGAAAGGAAGAGGCCGGAAAAGGCCCUUCAGCUGCUCAGCCUGGGAAAGGGGGGAAGCUCUGGACAAGGACUGGGCAGAAGAUCUUGGAGGAGGAAACCAUCCUCCCUUCAGAAGUUCAGCCCUGGAAUUUCAUCCAAUAUCGGGAGGCUGAGGGUCCCCGAGGACUUUGCAGCCAACUCCAUGACUUUUGCAGGCGAUGGCUGAGAUCAGAAAAGCACACCAAAGCCCAGAUGCUGGACCUGGUGGUUCUGGAGCAGUUCCUGGCUCUUCUGCCCCCAGAGAUGGAGAGCUGGGUGCGGGAGUGUGGAGCAGAGACCAGCUCCCAGGCGGUGGCCCUGGUGGAAGGCUUCCUCUUGAGCCAGGCGGAGGAGCAGAAAGAGCAGGUCGAGAUGCAGUGCUGCUGUGUGGAGAUCAGAGAUCCUGAGGGAAAGAAGAAACCAUCAAACUCCCCUCAGGAGCAAUUUUUCAGGAGGAUCCCUUGGGAAGAACAAAGUCAGGACACCUCAGGAGAGAAACAAAGAAUGAAAUUUUCUGGUUUUUAUGACGACGAUCGAACAACAGUUGAACCUCUAAAUCAAGUAAUAAUGGUCAGGAGAAUGAAGAUUCCUGUGAACUGUUCCAAGUGAUCAAUGCUAAAGAUGGAAUGGGAAAGUUUGGAAUUCGAAUGGAAUUAGAAACCCAUGAUAGAAACCAGUCAAAUAAUUGGAAUC